AAUAUACUCUGAACGCAAGUAGCAAACAACCUCAAUCGGUGAACACAGAUUUUGUUUUAUCAUUGAAAUUUAUCAUAAAAAUGGCAUCAGUUAAAGACGUCGCAACUUUAUAUCAAAACUUAAAAACUGAGUGGGCCAAGAAGCCACGCAAACUGGACAAAUGCGGUGAACUAUUGAAUAAAAUAAAGAUUGCAUUAACGCAAUUGACUUUCCUGCCGAGUAAUAAUGCUGCCGCUAAUCAAAAAGAGUUGAUCUUGGCGCGGGAUGUGUUGGAAAUAGGAGCUCAAUGGGCAGUUGCAGCCAAGGAUGUAAAAGCUUUUGAACGCUAUAUGUCUCAGCUGAAAUGCUACUAUUUCGAUUACAAAGACCACCUCCCAGAGUCAGCAUUCAUGUACCAGCUCCUUGGUCUCAACUUGCUGUUCCUACUCUCUCAGAACCGAGUAGCUGAGUUCCACACAGAAUUGGAACGCCUGUCUGUUGAUGUGAUCAGAGCUGACCCAUACAUUAGGCACCCACUGGCUUUGGAGCAGUAUUUGAUGGAGGGCAGUUAUAAUAAGAUCUUUUUGGCUAAGGAUAAUGUACCAGCAGAAAGCUACACCCUUUUCAUGGACACUCUCCUAGACACAGUCCGAGGAGAGAUCGCUGCUUGCAUCGAGAAGGCUUACCUUUGCAUCUCAUGCGCUGAGGCUGCUCGCCGAUUGAACCUGCCUUCUCAGCAGGCUGUCCAUGAAUAUGGGAAGAAGCGCAACUGGGUGCUCGGUCCGGACAACUGCUACCACUUCAACGCGGCCGAGGAAACUUGCGCAGCUGCCGCCGGCACUCUCCCCUCUUCCGAGCUGGCUGGCCAAAUCAUCGAAUACGCCAGACAUCUUGAAAUGAUUGUGUAAUUUACCUACUUAGAUUUUUAUGUACCCUUCGUGAUUAAUUAAAUUUCUUUAAUAUAAUUA